AUGCUGGGUGUGGAAAUGUACCCUAGUUUGGCCCUGGGACCUCAGAGACUGGGCGACUGCUUUUACAGAGAUCGUGAGCCCCCAGCACAUGUGCCAUUGUACCCCACUACAUGUGAUAUGGCAGCUCGUGGGCUUCCCCCUCGACUGCUGCAGCCUCCUGCCACUGCAGAGACUCCUGCCAAUCCUCAGGAUAAUGUCAAAUUGGAGCUUGAGAAUGCAUCAAUGUGGAAACAGUUCAGCACAGUUGGCACAGAGAUGAUAGUCACUAAGAAGGGCAGGAGAAUGUUUCCACAGCUGCGCUUGAAGCUGUCAGGGCUGAAUCCAUCUCUACGUUACAUUCUUCUAUUAGACAUUGUACCUGUUGAUUCCUCUCGCUAUCGUUUCCAAGACAACAGCUGGCAGGUGGUAGGUGGGGCAGAGGCUCGGCUGCCAGACCGUGUCUUCAUCCAUCCCGACUCACCUGCGACUGGAGAACACUGGCAGAACCGCACCAUAUCCUUCCACAGGGCCAAACUCACCAACAACACACUGGAUACACUAGGAUAUAUCAUCCUCCACUCCCUGCACCGAUACCAGCCACGAGUCCAUGUGAUUGAGGCCCGAGAUGUGCUGAUGUGGGGAAGAACUCAGCACUCCUUUACUUUCCCUGAAACACAGUUUAUUACUGUUACUGCAUACCAAAACAGCAAGAUCACUCAGCUGAAGAUCAACUCCAAUCCUUUCGCAAAAGGCUUUAGAGAGAACGGCAUGAACUGCAAGAAACAAAGAGAAGCAAGACUGAAGAGAAAAAUAACAUCCAAUCAAGAGGAAUCCUUGGAUAUUGAAUCAUGUGACCCAUGUGAUUCCACUGAGCUCCUACCACAGUCUGUGGAACUCACAAGCUCCGCCCUCUCCAUCAUAAAUACUGCCCUCCCAAUUACAGACUCAGGCUUUCACACAGAAAUACCAUCUCUUCCACAACAGACAGUCUCUGACCAAUCACUUGUCCUUGGUCAAGCAUUCAUGACCUCUGAGAUGUCUGACAUUACCAACUCAAUGGAGAGUCAACCUCAAACAACCUCUGAAAAUAAUGUAAACAACACACUGAUGGAUGGGUCUGAUCAAAUGAUGGGCCUUUCUGGAUACACGUCAUCUUUUCCAACCCCUCAGCUCAGCUGCUCAGCCCACUCUUCAGUGUCUUUGCCUCAGUCAUCUUCCAUCUAUUCCACAGUGUCCUCCACACAGAACUCUGACCUUGAGCUUCCCCAGACCUCAAUUUCCUCUCCACCCUCUAUGUCAACAUAUUCCUCUAUACCUUCAUCAGACUAUCCUCUAAAUUCCUCCACAGCUAUGCCCUCCCCUACAACCUCUCCCGUUGGCUCUACAUAUCCUCCCAUCACUCAUUCCACCACUCCACACCUUCUCCCCUCUUCAUCCUAUCACUCUAUUCUUCAGUCAGACCAAUCCCAGGACAACCUGAGUCCCCAUACACCUACGAAUCCACCGUUCCAAUCUAUUCCUGCCUCCUCUUGUCAAGGGUUAACAAUUGACCCUGGUCAAAAUCAGUUGGAUAAUGGCUCCUCCAAUGCAACAACUCCUGCUGUUCAAACCCCAACCCAAACAGCCUUUCCCUUCCCUCCAGUGCAGUCCUCGAACAAUCCUGACCCAACAUCCCCUCCAUACCAAAAUGUACCCCAAUCUGCCCUCUCGUACACCGAUGUGGCACAGUGCAACCCUAACCCUAUUCCCUCCCCAUCUGACCCAAACACAACUUCAACUGCAUUCUCCUUCCUUUCUGCAGCACAGUCCACCCCAAAUGCUAUGAUGACUCCAUCCAAUCCAAACCCAACUGUCUUUCCCUUUCCCCCUGUUCACCAGAACCCUAGCCUUAACUCAAGCCCCCCUGGACCAACUCAAAUUCCAGCAGCUGGUUCUUUUCCAGUUUCCCAAUCAUCAUCCACCUCAGGUCUGAGCACAUUCCCAACAGUUCCAACCCCAACAACUGGAUCCUUCUCCUUCCCUUCCAACAAUGUUUUCCAUCAAGGCCCACUGCAGUCCAACACACUGCACCCCACCACAGCAUACCAGGCUCCUUCCUUCCCUGCAUCUUUGCCCAAACACACCACUCCUGGUUCUUUCUCUAACCCUGCUCCAAUGGCUCACGCUUCUUACUCCUUCCCUACUCCUAUUCCAUCUGGUCCACAUCCUCUACAGUGCCUGGCUCUGCCUUCUUCCAGCUCCAUCCAUAGUUUUCAGAAUCCGAACAUGUCCCAAAUUCAGCAUACCUUCCCUCAGUCGUACUCUAAUCCCACCUUUCCUCAUAUCCCGCCCCAAGCUGCAAACCCCUCUCAGACCUUUCCCCCCAUCCAGUCUUCAAGCUCCUCUCAAUUACUGCACCCUUCCCUUGCAAAUCCCUCUGUUCCUCCAGUCUCAACCUAUUCACAAUGCCAUGCCUCUUCAAAUGCUUACCCUGCUGUAGCUCCUACUGAGAUUGGUACCUUCUCCCAGCUGAAAUCUGCUGCCCCCUAUCUGCCUGAUAUGGUACUGCACCCUUCCUUGCUCCCUCCUCUGGAUCCCUCACUUUCAACCACUGCUCCUACAUCCCUUUAUAACCCCUUUCCUUCAUACUCACUGCGUCUUUGCCAAGACCCUCGAUCCUCCAUGCAUUUACCCCUUAGGCAUAUUUAUAGACAACCACAGCAUACCCAUGCUCAUGGUCAGGGGUCCUACUUUGACCUUGGUGGAAGAGCAGUAUUCUGA